GUGUCAGUUGAACCACCGACGUGCACCUACCGGCCGACGUGCUUCCUCUGUGUCACGGCAGGCGACAGACCGCGACUCCGCAGCCCGUGACCGUUCCUUCCUGUGCUGAGCGCGGUGCGGUGGUGUGUCCCUCCUGUACCGCUCUGCGCUGACGCGCGGCGGCGGCGGCGGCGGCGGCGCACGGGCGGGACCCGCCGGCGGUGGCGGCGGCAGAGCAGCGGCGGCGGUGAGCGGGGAAGGUCGGCGGACGGAGGACUCGGAGCGGAACCAGGCGUGGUGCGGACUUGGACAGCAUGGCGGCGCUCAACACGGUGUUACUCCUGCUAGCCUCGGCAGCUAUUGUGUCGGCGCAGCGUAACCCGGAGAUAUCUUACAUCAGCCAGGAUGUUGUGGCAGACAUCGGAGGCACGGCCGAACUCAAAUGCUCCGUUCAGUUCGCUGGUAGCUUCCCCGUGCUGUGGAUCAAGAAAGGAAAAGAAUACGGCGACGAGGACGAACAGAAGGACGUGCUCAUCUCCACCAACUCGAUUCUGCUGGCGCGCGAGAGUCGGUUCGCCCUGCGACAUGACCCAGAGAGCACCACCUACACACUCCAGAUCAGUGACAUCCAGGACACGGAUCAGGCGACGUACGAGUGCCGCUGUCAGAUCAACCUGCAGACGUCUGUCAGCGGGACUGCCGAGCUGACGGUCCGCCUGCCGCCCGUCAUCUCCGACAACUCCACCAGGUCGGUGAUCGCUGGUGAGAAACAGCGCGUGGAGCUGCACUGUCACGCUACUGGCUUUCCUCCGCCCGAGAUCACCUGGCGCCGCGACAACAACGCCCUCUUGCCGACCGGCAGUGCUAUCUAUCGCGGCAACGUGCUGGUAAUCCACAACAUCAAGAAGGAGGACCGCGGCAUGUACUACUGCGUGGCCACCAACGGCGUCUCCGAGGGCUCGCGGAGGAACGUCGCCGUGGAGGUCGAGUUUCCGCCUGUCAUCAGCGUGCCCCGGCCCACCCUACGCCAGGCGCUGCAGUACGACAUGGACCUGGAGUGUCUGGUGGAGGCGUACCCCCCUCCCCGCAUCACGUGGCUCAAGGAGGACAUCGUCAUUAACGACAACUCGCACUACAAGAUGACCACAUUCACGACCACGGACCAGACGACCGACUCUAACCUGCGGGUCCUCUCCGUCGAGUACAAGCAGUACGGACAGUACACGUGCCGCGCAUCCAACAGGCUGGGCAUUGCCGAGGCGCAGAUACAGCUGACUGAGUCGUACGAGCCGGUGUGUCCGCCGGCCUGUAACGUGUACGGAGGUGCCGGUGCCGUCCUGCCCAGCGUCACAGCGCUCGCCACAGCACUGGUGGCCGUCGUGGCCGUCCGACGCUGAUUAGUCACUCCAAAGCGCCUCAAACUGGCGACGGAGGAGCAACGUAUCCGGUUCAGGGUGAAAUAUCCGGCCGGCACCGUCAACUGGGCGUAUCCGGCUCGUUCAAAUUGCAUCGCCCACGGCGAGGAAUAAUUGCACCGGCGACCUUUCCCCAGCGGCUCUGCCCACUGGCUGGAUGGUUUACACGCCUACCUGUCUCUGCCUAAAACUCCCCCGAUUCUUAACUCUGUCGCUCUUUUUCUCUGUCUUCCUGUUUGUUUCCCCCCUUUCCCCCCUCAAUCUCCCUCUUUCCUUUUCUCUCGGUUGGGGAGCUGGCCCGCCCUGGAGCCACUCUCUGCUCGACAGAGAACCGGUGUGGAGUGUGGACUCCCUCCGCCCUCUCCCGCUAAUGUCCCGGCUGUAGGAAUGUCCCAGACGGCUCGUUCGACACGCCGACACCGUCGCGUUGUUGCGUCAUUGUCGUCGUCGACGCUGUCGCUUGUCCCCUCCCGUUCCCUCUCCCUCGCUCUCUCCCUCUCUCCUCAGCGCAUGGUCCGGCCGUGUGACGCCAAAUGAGACUUAAAGAGUGCCGUCAGAGGCAGAGGAAGAGAGCACCAGAGGAAGAGGGAGGAGCUGUGCUCGACUGGUGAUCGAAGAGGCGCCGCCUGCAGAAAACUGGGCUCCGAAUGUGGCCGGCUGCGGACAAUCUGUGGUCACUGGGACGAGUUAUAACUGAAUGGAGUUGGCGUGUCAGAGACGAGUGACCACUCGGUGAGCAGUGAGAGGAGCGAUCACUCAGCGAGCAGUGGGAGUGAUGUGUCAUUUGUGAGUUGAUGAACUUGUGCCGUGGCGCGGUAGAGAUGAUUGAAAGAUUCAGUGAGCGAGGUCUGAGCUGUUUUCAGACUGGUGAAACUAGUGAACCACGUGUGGUGGCUGUAUGACUGAAGGUGAACUGAUGGCUGAUUAUUUAUGGUCGAGUAUGUCGCGCCGUCUACCGGGUGUUUGCUGGUUACUGAAAUAAACCGAGUCGGCUAUCACUUUACUAAUAGCUCACUUGUUUUUCGUCACUGAUGUGAAGUUACACUUCAGUAAUGCUUAAGUAAUACUUGCGAAUGUUUGGUAAAGCUUGGUACCCAUUUUAGAUCUGAAAUAUUUCUGCAACCGGUGAUUGACGAGAUCUGAUUAACGAUCAAUGUGUGUCUGUGUCUAUUUGCCACCUCUAGUUUAAAACGAUUUUGUGCAGCCAUGUGCAGGGGUGUAUUUGUGAGUAGGUCCGUAGUGGGUAGUCAUUGUACUUUUAUACAGCACUUUUUCAUGUCACCGUGCAGUCAUUUGUGUACAAUAUAUGUGAAGGCCGAA